AUGACUGUGUGUUUACAAUACACCCUGUGUGUCACUCAAAGGGCAAUCUCCAUGUAAGGCUGUAGAAUACCCUGGCACUGCCAGGAUCUCUAUAGGUACACUCAUUCUCUCUCUCUCAUGACUGUACCACUAGCGUCCUUUUCUCUCUCUUCCCUGUUUCGCCUGUAUCAUACACCUCCAGCUCAAUAGAAAGAGAGUGUCCCCACCAAUUUGCUAGGCAUUCAUUGUUGACGAGAGCUCCGCUACUAAGGAGACACAAGUUGCUCGAUCACGGUAGAGAGAGGACUUAUAUUGACUCCCGCUCCACGCAGACGAACAGUAUCAUUGGAAUCAUACAUGGUUCGCCGUUGCCUUGAGUACGUUGAGAGAUAGUUUGGCAUUUUGGAGCGCAACUUUUUUCCUCAGCCCAAUGUUACUGGAUUUUUAGUUGUGGAUUUAAAUAAACCAACCAUGGUUAUCCAAGUCGAGAGGAAUGUGAAAACGGUCGCCGCUGGCGGUAAGGAUCGUGGCUACACAUCAUUCCAGUCUUGUUUCCCGUACCUCUGUGAGUCGCAGAACCGCCCCCCUUGCCCCGCCCGUGCCCCCCUCUCACAGCCUUGUCUACCGGUUACCAACACGGGCCCCACCCGUGUGCUUGGAUUCUUAUACCUGGGAUCGCAGCAGGAUGUAAUGUCAGAGGAGUGCCUAAAGAAUUAUGGGAUCAAUUAUGUCCUCAACGUCAGCAGGUCAUGCCCUAUCCCAGAAUUCCUUCCCCAGACCCACUUCCAUCGGAUACCGGUACGAGAUAACCAUGGCGAGAAGAUCCUCCCAUGGUUCGAUGAGGCGCUUGAGUUCAUUGACAAGGUUCGGUCAGCGAAUGGAAGCGUCAUCGUUCACUGUCUGGCAGGGAUCUCACGAUCUCCAACCGUUGCCAUUGCCUUUAUCAUGCGAUACCUCAAUAUGAAUGUUGACGAGGCUUACAAAUAUGUCAAAGAGAAGAGGGCAACCAUUUCUCCAAACUUCAACUUCCUCGGCCAGCUCUUGGAGUAUGAGAAGAUCAUCCGAACAAGGCAAGGCCUACCUUCGACCCUUCAACCCUCUGGACCUCCAAAGGAGGACGUUGAACCUUCAGAGAUGAAGGAAAAAGAGGAAGGUGCUUGUGCCAGUGAGCAUUCUAGUAUGCUGACCUCUCCAAAGGCAGAAUCGUCAAAGGUUACAUACCCAAGGAAGGGGCUAGAAGAAUCGAUGCUCCCAAUGAGGCCCAAUAUCAGGAAACUCAGUUUGGAAAACCUCUCGUUGCCAUUGAAGUGCUCCUACAUGCCGGGCAAGGCAAGCCCCAGGCUGAGCAGGACUUUACCCCGCGUCACUUUCGCUGAUGCUCCCACCACACCUACCUCAGAAAACAAGUCGAUCAAACGCUCGCUCAGCCGUGACGCCCUUACAGAAGUGGGAACACAGACGCUUGUAACAGAGAAACGCUCUACAAGCCACCUUACACUAGACCUGAUGAGUGCCCCGAGCAGGACAUUACAAAGACCAACAGGUCUUGAUGUUAAGAAGACCGUUCUCUUGCUCAAUUCGCCAGGAGAUUCAAAGAAGUCCCGAUCCCUUUGCAAUAGCCCCUCCGGCCUCCUUGAACAACUCGCCUGGGGUACGAGCCACCUCAGUGUACAUUCGCCAGAAGUUCGCAAUAAUAACCCUUUUGUGGAGGCAUGCGCAAAGUUCCAGGCCCAGCAAACGGGCUUGAGCACUGGCAUCCAGAGGUCGCACCCAGAGAAUUCUAAGAGUAAGGUGGAGAGAAAGAAGCUGAAAUUAGAAGGACUUAUCUCAAACUCUGAAACCAUCUGCGCAGAGGUACAAGCUGCAGAGAACUUGAUCCCUGCUGCUUCGGGAUCAUCGGUCCUCACUGCUCCUGCUUCACCUUCAACCAGCAGAAGCCAGAGGCACAAACACAGCGAGACAUCCGUAGGGUUUCAGUUUGGACGUUCACGAAUAAAUCACCCCGACCCUGCUUCAAGCAACACAAGGGUCGCAAACUCCUCAGCAACACAGGACCAACAAAAACCAAGUGCGCUAAAGAAACCAACUUUUGGACCUCAGAACUCUCCACCCCCUAUCCAAUCCUCAGCAGCCGUCGUAGGCGGAAAUGUUUCAAACCCCUUCUUCUCCCGUCAAAGUAGUGGACAAUCAGUGACUAGUGACCUUAGUCUUAGCAGCACAGCUUCCCCAGCUUUAGAUCCUAGUGGUAGUUCAUGGAUGCAUGGUUCAGUUAGCUCUGGGAUCUCUCCAGACAUCAACCUAAGCUCAGCUGCUAGUAGUGCAUGCAGCAGUGCUAACCUUAAACCAGACUCUAGUCAGAAAUCCAAGGGUUUAACUGACAUGGAAACCCCUCAGGUACUCCCAUCAGGCUGGAAUCCCUUCUCAUUCCCUCAGGCUAAAGCAGACGAUAGUCCUACUAGCCGCGGUGACAGCGAGGUCUGGCAAAAGCGAAAGGAGUCUGGGAAUAGCGUUGAGGAAUCCAGUCAAUCUCAGAAAAUCCAUCAGUCACCCACAACAGCCAUGGAUCGGGUCGCGACGUACAUAACCAAAUGUAACUUUGGGUCCCCAGACGUUAGCGACUCUGACUCCUCUGAACCUACACACCCCCAUAAGAAAAAGUGCAAUAAUAAGAAACGCCCCAAACUACACCCCAGCAUCCGCAGCCAAUCCUGUGAGGAGAUUGGCUCGUGCUCUCGAGAAGUGGUCACUUCAGAGAUCGUAGUCAGUGCACGGCGGGAGAUCCUUGAGUACGGUCGGUCAGCACUAGACCAGGACGAGGAGGACUUUGACACAAGGUCACUCAGCAGUCAGAGGUCACUUAGUAGUAGUUGUGAGAUGAUCGAGGUUUCAUGACAGUCAGUGAGAGAGACUCUGGUACCUUGUACAUUGUGUGUUAUAUCUUGAGUUGUUCAAACAUUCAAAGUUACUCUUCAGGCUGCAAACCACAAAUAUGUCUACACAUAAACAGGAGAAUCAUAAAAACAAGGGGAGAUAGACAUGCAAGUUUGAAGCUAAUCUGUUAUUAAGUGAAUGUGGGUAAUAGUUUUGUUUUAGUUGGUGAUUCUAAUUCGGUGUGGGUUCCUUAGAUUUUCGACAAUAGCACAAUUCUAGACAUAUUUGAUAAUUUUUUUUUUAAUGACAACUAAAAAUGUGAAAAAAAGUUUGUGACCAUGGUAUUUAAGGUAUUAACCAAAUGACAAGAGUAAUUCCUGUCUUUUUAUUUAUUUCAGUCUUGGUUUUUCUGUAACAGGUAUGGACGUAGUAUUUGAUGAAUAGAUGUGUAACAUGAACUUAUUGGUGAUGUGUUAACUCUUAGCUUUCUGGAGUGGGCCGAUGGCCUGUAGUAGAGCGUGUCUUUGGUAGACAUAGGGUUAAACUGUAAUUUUGUGAGGUCUGGUGUAAUACAUCUAAUGUCAUAUAUAAACGUAAGAUUGAAUUAGAGAGCGAAGUUCUCCUGGAGAGAGUAUCAUGCUCUUUAUUCUUUGAGAAAUCUAUAUAUUAUAUAACUACCCAUGUGCUGUGUGCAAUCAUUACAUUUUUCUUGUGGUAACUUAAACAGAUCAAACUUAUACUUGUAGCCACAACUUAUUUUGUCACAAUAUUCAAAAAUAUAUAUAUUCUAUAUUCAUAACUAUUCAUUACAUAUUUUCAAGUAUUUUUGUUGUUUUUGAAUGGCCAAGUCGUGAACGAGUGAUGAUGAAACCGUAUUUAGCUAAAGCAAAGAAAAAGUUGUUGUUUUUUAACUUGUUAUUGUUUGUUGCAUUUCAAUUUUUGGAUAUGUUCGGGACAGAUCUUUGUCUCUGACUUAAAUCCUCAUCAAGUUUUGUGUUUCUGUUUUUCAUGUUUAGUUUAUAUAGCACAGUGGAUAGUGAACCUUGUGGUUUGUUAGCACAGUACAAAAGAACAGAAAGUGGUUUGGUUGACAAUCUUUGUUUUCAUUUGUUUUUGAUCGUUUGAUGUAUAACGUAGCUCAAAAAUAUGGUCUAUUUCUCACGCAGAUAAAAGUGAGGCAUUCGCUAUAUGUUCAGUGGAACAAGUUUGAUAUCUUUUUUUCCUUAGUCCCAUCUGACAGCUUUGCCACAAAAUCUGGAAAAAUCCAUGACAAAAUCAAAGUCUCAGGUCCACCACCAACCAAGCUGAUCUUUAGUGCCUUUUUCCACUUUCAUAAAAAGAGUUGUGAAAGAAUUACAACAAACUGGCUUCAGCUAAUUUCCGUUCUUAUUCAAAGGAACUAAUUUCAAUGCUCUUGUGAUUUUUCGACACCUUUAUUUUCUCCUUCUAACUCGGAACAUUCUGAGAAAUAAUUUCAUUUUUAGUCUGCUGGCACUCAAAAUAAUUAUGAGUGAACUCUUUUGGAGAAAGUUAUGUGACUGAAGUCACACAAUUAAGUCCACAAUUUAGUGACAUAUCAGCCAUGUGGACCAUUUGAAGUUCAGGGCAGCAUUUUCUUAAUUUGUAGGACCAAGUAGUCUCCUUUUUUCUUUCUCUUUUGAAAGUAAGAAAAAGACAAACUUACGAGGCAGAAGUCUACAUAUCUUUACCUGGUUUGGUUCUUUGGAGGAAAAAAAUCCCUAAAGUGGAAGAAAAAGAAAACCUCAGAAUGAAGGGAAAAAACUUCAAAAUGAAUACAGGCUAACUAGUAGUAACGUUGAUUGUGCAUAUGAUGAUCAAAAGUCUUGUUCUACAUUCAUAAGAAUAAAAUACACACAUAGUGAUAAGAAAACAAUGCAUGCUGAAUUUACAAAACCUUUAAAAAAAGGGAAAUAAACUGGGGGAAAAGUCUUCCCCAAAUUGCUGUAUACAUUCGUAAAAUCAAAUUAGAGGCCCAUUUUCUUGACUCUAUUUGGUUUAUUCGCUAUUUAAUUUUUGGUACUGUCUUUUUUGAGAAAUCUAUUUAAAUUUCAUAAUGCUUGUGGACUCUGUAGUAUAUAUACAUCUGUUCUGCCAAAAUAAUGCAAACUAUAGCUUUGUCUUUUUGUAUGCAUGUCUUAAAUGUUUCAAUAUGAGAAUUUUUUGAUAUGAAAAAGAGAAUAUUAAACACAGUGAUGGUGAUAUAUAUUA